AUGUUUGUCAAAAGUUUAUUUUACUAUUUUAAGUUUCUUGGAAUGGCGACAAUGACUUUCCAUAAAGAUAUAAACAAAAGAAUUCAUCCGACUACUCAUUACAUCAUAUCACACUCUAAAUUUGGAAUAACUUACAAUCUACUGCUACUAAGUUAUAGCAAGCAAACUGGGAAAAUUGUGAAUGAUUUCUUAGCCGAUGGUGUAGUAGAUCAAGAUAUGAUAAAGAAGUUGAGCCAAUUCUCGUACUAUAUAGUAAAUAGUAAUGUGGAGUUUAAGGUUUUCAAAUUAUUUUCUUUAGACCAGUCUUUAUUAACGUCACUUGUUGGUACGUGUACAACGUAUUUGGUCAUCAUUUUACAAUUUCAAUAAACUAAUGAGUUUGCCAUUUUG